GCGACUUCCGGGAGGACCGUCCCUGACUGGUCCGGUUUUCCAGCGGCGAUGGGCCGCAGUCACCAUGGUUACAGGGCAGAAGGUCGAUCUAAAAACGUCCCAUCGCGCUCUAUCUCUCUUCAUAGUUGAAGAGUGAUGAUGCAGUCUGAAUGCGUAUUAUAGCUGCAAUUUUCCAACAUGUGUGAACAGGAGUUGUCUUACUACAAUUGAACGUCUAUGGCAGUGUUCAUCAUGUAACAGGAGUUCCUUUGUUUUCCCAACUGGUUUCCAAACAAGCUGGAGAAUAAUUUUGUUUCUAGUCAGCUGCAAACCUGCUCCACACUUGCAGUACAAUGAGCAAUAGAAGGAAACGCACAGCCCCCACGCGGGUAGACGAGGAAGCAAAGAAAAGGCUAAGUUGGAACAUGUGUGAUGACUUGAAUCAGCUCCAGCCACUUGCUGUACCAGAUAGCAGCAACAAUCCCGUGGCUGCAGACUCAGGUUUCUCAGAACAGGGAGAGGCAGGGUCUCUCCUGGUGAGCAGUUUGAAACUGAGUGAAUCAUCAAAUGUCUCCACUGUGACUGAGAUUGAGGAUGAAGGGGGACAUUUCCUAUCAAGUACCUCUGCCCAUCCCAGUCUCACCAUCUCCCCAUUCCAUCCAAGUGAAGAGUGGCGAGCACAGUUAAGUGAGUUCACCCUCCAGCUUCCAGAAGGCCAAGUAUUUCCAGAUGAUGUUUUAUCUUGCACCCUCUGCUUGUCAAAGACAGCUAAUGAUCAUCACUUGCAAGUUUCAGUCAGGAAGGAAUAUAAUGACAGUGAGAGUGAUUGCCAUGAAGAAGUGAUUGGCUCUGUAAGAAGUUCACUCAGUUAUACGGUACUGGAGGAUAUAUUGUGGCUUCAAAAAAAGAAAGUCCUCGGAUUGUUCCAAAAGAAUAUUGACGAUUGUCAGACAUUGAAGGUUGGUAUAUAUCUUCUUGAGUCUGGUUUGGGAAAACCAGAGCACCUGAGUAAAGGAAGCUGGAGAAUGAGAAAGGCAAAUAUGUUGAUUCAGAAACUCAUGGGAUACUUCUAUGACUUAGCUGCUCCAGAUGUAUCAAAUGUCAUUGAAGAAGCCAAUAAAGAGCUAGAAAGGGAGAACAUAGAAGAACUAUAUGACUUUGUACGACAUGCACAUCAGCAGGAGGUUCUCUGCAAUGAGAAGGUCCAGCACCCUCUGCUUGUUCCAACGCUCAGACCAUACCAGUGUCAGGCUGUCAAUUGGAUGCUUCAGAGAGAACAUUAUAGCGUUGGUCCUCCCUCUGACAAUAUGUCCCUACACUUGUUAUGGAAAGAAUUCACCUCUAAAGAUGAGAAGAAAUUAUAUUACAACCCAUACACUGGCUGCAUUAUCCGUGACAAACCUCUAUCAAGUACUGAAUGGCCUGGUGGAAUCCUUGCAGACGAGAUGGGUCUAGGAAAAACUGUAGAGAUGCUGGCACUUAUUCUGACCCACAGGCGUAAAGAUUUGAAGCAAGACACACUGUUGUUCCCUGAGGGAAAUUUGACAAACUACUACAUACCACCUUCAUUGCCUCCUGCCUCCUGUAUAACAAGUGAGAAGAAAAGUGAAAUCAAACCCAAGGAAAAGGUGACCUGUCCUAGUGUUCGAGUAAUGCUAAUUACUGCUAUAAAGGAAAUGAAUGUGAGGAAGUCGACCUCUGUCAGUGCUAUAUACAAAUAUAUCACUGCUACCUACAAGUAUGACAUUCAGCGAAAUCGCUAUCUCAUCAAGAAAACCUUAGCAAAACUUAUCGCAGAGCAAGUGAUCAAACAGGUCAAAGGUCAUGGCUUAGCUGGUUCCUUCAUUAUUGGAAAGAAUUACAAGGAACAAACAAAGAGAAAGGGAACAGAAAAACAGAAGCUAAGCCCCGGGAAAAAUGUGUUGCCUAUUUUACCAAAUAACAAGCAGAAGAUGAAAACAGAAGAAGCUGAUCCAACUUUGAAGACAGCAGGCACUGGCAAACCACUGGCAAAUGAUUCUCUUGAGGGUCUCUUAGAAAAUGAAAAGAACAAUUGUAAUGAAACUGAGCCAUGCAAGAAUGAAGCACAACCGCCAGAAGUAUCGCAGGAAUUUGAUCGGAAAGAGGAGAUUCGCAACAGAGGGUUAGAUUUUUUGCCGAGUGAACAAGGGAUUGCAGAAAAUAAUGAAAUUGGUGAAAUAAAGGAAAGUUGCUUUACCUCAAGGAAGAUGCCAAUAAAUGAUAACAGUUGUCCAAAUGUCCUCCAGGGAGAUUCUCAAGGAGAUACGGACACAAUGAAUUCGUCUAAAGUGACUUCUCCGUACACCAAGUCAAAGUGUCAUUUCGAAUGCAUAUGUGGAGAAAGUGGAUUGGCUGAUUAUAAAGCACGGGUGCAGUGCCUGAAGUGCCACUUGUGGCAGCAUGCCGCUUGUGUUAAUUACAAAGAAGAUGACCUAAAUAUCAGGCCGUUCUACUGUCCGCACUGCCUGGUCAUGAUGAAACCUGUGUCCACAUCUGCAACCCUCAUUAUCUCCCCUAGUUCCAUCUGCCACCAGUGGGUGGAUGAAAUUAACAGACAUGUGAGAUCAUCUUCAAUUUCUAUCCUGGUGUACCAAGGAGUGAAGAAACAUGGUUUUAUACAACCUCAUGCACUAGCAGAGCAUGAGAUAGUCAUCACGACAUACGACGUACUUCGGACAGAGCUGAAUUAUGUUGACAUACCUCAUAGUAACAGUGAUGAUGGACGUCGAUUACGCAAAGAGAAGCGCUACAUGGCCAUUCCAAGUCCACUAGUUGCAGUGGAGUGGUGGAGGAUCUGUCUGGACGAGGCUCAAAUGGUUGAAUGUGCCACUGCUAAGGCUGCAGAAAUGUGCCUGCGACUGAGUGCCAUCAAUCGUUGGUGUGUCACAGGGACACCUGUCCAAAGAGGCUUAGAAGACUUGUAUGGAUUAGUACUCUUUCUAGGUGUCGACCCAUAUUGGGUUAAACACUGGUGGGACCAACUCUUAUACCAACCUUACUGCAGAAAGAAUCCUAUUCCAAUCUACACACUCAUAGCAAAGAUCAUGUGGCGAACGGCAAAAAAGGAUGUUCUCAAUCAGAUUAAGAUACCUCCUCAGACUGAGGAAGUUCAUUGGCUGGAAUUUUCACCAGUGGAAAGACACUUCUACCAUCGACAACAUGAAAUCUGCUCCCAAGAUGCACUGCAGAAACUGAGGAUGAUUUUUGAUUGGAGCAUCAAGUUGAGCCGUUUAGAUAGGCGCACUGUUGGUUCCAUUUUGCAUCCCUUAUUGAGGCUAAGGCAGGCAUGCUGUCAUCCGCAGGCUGUUCGGGGAGAGUUCCUUCCAAUUCAGAAGAGCACCAUGACAAUGGAGGAACUCUUAAAGUCUCUUCAGAGAAAAUGUUCCACGGAAUGUGAAGAGGCUCAUCGGCAACUGGUGUGUGCUCUCAAUGGGCUAGCUGGCAUUCAUAUUAUCAGAGGUGAGUUUUCUUCAGCAGCUGAAUAUUACAGAGAAGUUCUGCGUUCAUCCGAGGAGCAUAAAGGUAAACUUCAAACAGAUUCUUUACAGCGUCUCCAUGCCACCCACAACCUUAUGGAACUGCUUGAGGCCAAACACCCAGGGAUCCCGCCAACUCUUCGAGAUCACAAGCUUAAAGAAGAAGCUGAGCAACUUAAGCAGCACUACAUGAGCAAAUCGGAUUUGGAAGUCUCUACAGCACAACAAGCUUUACAGCCAGUUCAGCAGAAUAUUCAAGAACUGCAGCGCAAGAUUCACUCUGGAGCUCCUUGGUGGCUGGGAAUCAUUGAAUGUGUACAGCAGGCUUCUCUGGAUGAAGAAUUAGUGAUUAGAGUGCAAAAUGAAAUCUCAUUCAGCUAUAAACAAGAGGGCAGCAAGCUCUCCAUGGCUGAAAAGUUCCGGGACUGCAGAGGCCUUCAGUUUUUACUGACAGUGCAAAUUGAAGAGUUGAAGAAAUCCCAAAAGUUGGUGCAGGACUCAGUUAAGAAUCUGGUGGGCCCUCCAUCUCAAGAAGAAAUUCGGAUCGCCACAAUGUGCCAUCUUCGCCCUGUCCCGAUUUCCCUGAACAAUUGCCAGUUUUGUAAGGCAGAUGAACUAUUUACGGAUUAUGAAUCCAAGCUUUUUUCACACAGCGUUAAAGGCCAAAAAGCAAUCUUUGAAGAAAUGAUUGAAGACGAGGAAGGCCUGAUAGAUGAACGCUUACCUACCACUAGUCGGGGAUUGUGGGCUGCGAGUGAGACUGAGCGUGCCUUAAAAGCCAUCUUAGCCUUUGGGAAAGCACACCGUAUCGAUCCCUUGCUCAUAGAAGAAGGGAAUAACUUCAUGGAACUGUUUGAAGCUUGGAAAAAGGAAUACAAGUUGCUGCACGAAUAUUGGAUGACACUGCGCGAUCGAGUUUCUGCUAUUGAUGAGUUAGCCAUGGCAACUGAACGCUUUCAACUGCGCCUUCCAGAUGAUCCCAAACCAAGUCUUCCGCUUCUUCAUAUUAUUGAACCACAUGAGGUGGAACAAAAUCAAAUGAAGCUCCUAAAUGACAAAGCUGUGGCCACAUCACAAUUGCAGAAGAAGCUUGGUCAAGUCCUGUACCUCACAAAUUUGGAGAAGUCUCAGGAUCCAUCGAUGGGCAACAUUAAUCCAGAUCCCUGUCCCAUCUGCGCACGGCAAUUAGGGCAGCAGUGGGCAGUAUUGACAUGUGGACAUUGCUUCUGCAGUGACUGCAUCGCCAUCAUAAUAGAACAGUACAGUACAGGAGCUCGGCGAAGCUCUAUCAAGUGUGCAAUUUGCAGACAGACAACAACACACAAAGAAAUCUCUUAUGUAUUCACAAAUGAGGCUGCAAACAAAGAAGAUGAAUUUCCUGUUAAAGGUAGCCAUUCUACUAAGGUGGAGGCUGUGCUCAGGACACUGAAGAAAAUCCAGCAGAAGGAGCCUGGGGCCAAGGCCCUGGUGUUUUCCACAUGGCAAGAUGUGCUCGAUAUAAUUGGGAAAGCAUUGUUGGACAAUAACAUGGAGUUUGUUCAGAUCAAUGGACUCCACAAGUUCCAGGAGAAUCUAUCGGCUUUUAAAUAUGAUUCCAAGGUAAAUAUCUUGCUGCUGCCUCUCCACACAGCAUCAAAUGGUCUAAACAUCAUUGAAGCCACUUAUGUCCUCUUGGUAGAACCUAUUUUAAACCUUGCCCAUGAGCUACAGGCCAUAGGGAGAGUGCAUCGCAUCGGACAAACAAAGCCAACUGUUGUUCACAGGUUUCUAACUAAGGGGACAAUAGAGGAGAGGAUGCAAAGUAUGCUUAAAAGUACUGAGAAAAGUCAUAACAAGUCAGUAAUUGUACAAUCAGAAGCAUCUGUUCUGACAGUGGGAGACCUGGCCGAUCUCUUCUCAGAGGAAGAAAGGACUACAGAUGGAUGAAAGCAGAUCAUUGACUUAUGUGCUAAAGAUUAACAAUGUAUAAAGUUUCUUUUGUUAUAUAUUUGGGAAUAUGAGCUAUAGAAAAGGCUUUGUUCUCCACCCGGACAAUAAUGAAACUGAAACAAAAUGAACUAUGGGUGAGAUUGAAUUAAGGCACAGAAAUUGUUUUAUUUGUUAAUAACUCUGAAUUUUAGAAUGAUGAAUACAAUGGGGAAUCUUAAGUUUCAUGUUCAGUACUGUGUGGAGUGGCAAGAUCAACAGUUAAAUAGUGGGUUACAGUAAAGGAGCUCUACAGUGAAACAUUUGGUCCAAAUUUCACCACAGCAUGUCAUCUUAAUGGUUUCUUCUGUGCACUUCAGUUCAAUAUAUCUUGCCGUCAGUUGCAAAAGUCCAAGCUGCUCAGAGGGGGAAAUAGUUCAUUUGGCACCUAAGUGCAUAGGGCGAUCAUCUGUUGGACCAGUGACACUUUAGCAUUGGAAAAUAAAUACAGGACUGAAGUGAAGGGUGAAUUCAAAGUAAAUCAAGUUCAGAAAGAGGAAAAGUUGGAUUAAAGGAGAGAUGAGAUAGAAUAGAAAAGUACAAAAGAAUCUGGUACUUUUAUAGUCUCUACCAAAUUAGAAGAUGAGAAGAAUGAGACUCCACACUUGCAGUAAAAUCAAAAAAAGAAUGAGAGAUGCUGAAAAUCUGCAAUGAAAAUAGAAAGUGCUGGAAACUCUCAAGCAGGUCAGGCAGCAUUUGUGGAAAGAAAAACAGUUAAAGUUUCGGGUCCCAAAGGGUUCCUGACCUGAAAAGUUAAUGGUUUCUUUUUCCACAGAAGCUUCUUGACCUGCUGAGUAUUUCCAGCAUUUUCUGUUUUUAUUCCACACUUGUAAUAUUUGAUUUCCAUGCCAGAGACUAAAUGGAAGUCAUUAACACAUAUUGCAUUGUUAAAGGGGUAUGUGCACUAAAGAUGAUACAAAUUCAUAUUCUUGUUGAUUUUAAUGAGUAGUUAGUGAAUAACUACAGCAAAUUUACUUUUUAAAAGAACAUGGGGAAGCUAAGGCCAAGAAGCUGCUUUUUGUGAAACUAAUGGCGAAAGCGAGCUUCUGGAUGCUCACAGUUAGUUGUGCACCUCCUUGUUAGAAAUUGCUGUGCCAUUUAUCCAUUAAUACUGGCAAGCACCAAUAAUCUUGCUGUUAUUUGACAUCAGACUCUUUCCAUGGUUCCAUUGUUUUACCCCUCCCUCCCCCAAUAUUUCUGCUACUAAGGACUAACUUGUUUUUCUCUCUUUCCCUGUUCUAAUGAAGGGUCCUGAACCUGAAACAUUAACUAACGUAUUUCUCUCCACAGAUGCUGCCUGACCUGCUGAGUGUUUCCAGCAUAUUUUUUAGUACAGGUUUCCAGUAUCUGCAGUUUUUUUGAUUUUUCUUUCCAUGGAAUACUCUGAUGAAAGGACUGUAAUGAAAUAUUGGAUAUUAUGUAAUGAAACAAUGAACCAAAUGUCUUGGUUGUAAUAGACUGGAUCUUGCCGAAACAGCCCACCAUCACGUCACUGCCCAUGAUCACUAAAGGCCUGCACUUUUCCUAGUCAAAUGCAAAGAGCCGAUCUUGCUGGCCUUCUGUAGGAUCAAGUGAGGUUCAGACGGCAACCAGGUUUCAGACCAUCAUAGUGCAGAGACCCCACACUCAGAAUGCCCUGACGCACUUUGGUAGACAAGCUGUGGGCCAAACCUUGUAUUCUAUCAAAAUUAUAAUUUAACCAUUUUUAAAUAUCUCUAUCAUUCAGAAACAUUUAAAGACUCUUAAAAUUGAAGUAUUUUUUAAAGCUAGCAUUUUGAGAAACCAUAAAGCUAAUUAAAGCACAACAUCUAGAAAUAAAGACUUUAAACUUUGCUUUUUGCCUCCUAAUUUGUAGAUCUACAAUCCCCAUUGAAAUCCAGGUUCUAUGCUAUGUUGGACCUGGAGAGGGAUCAGAGUGGUGACUUUCCCCUUAUAAUGUUGGGGAUUCCAACUGUCUGGACCCACACUUGGAGUUCAGCAACAGGAUGUAGUGAUAGAAACUGCACCAUUAAUCACUCAGUAAGUCCGGGACUUGUAGCUGUUGCAGAUAAUUCCUGGAGUUACCUGUGUUUGAAUGGCUAAAUGCUAGUAGUUCCCUUUGGAUAGCCAACAAGAUUUGGUUCAAUGACAGCACAGUGGUGCAGCCAGUAGAGCUGCUGUCUAGCAGCUUCAGCAACCCAGGUUCAAUCUGAUCUCUGGUGCUGUAUGUGUUGAGUUUACACAUUCUCCCUGUGACCAUGUGGGUAUACUCCAUGUGCACCGGUUUCCUCCAACAUCCCAGAGACUUGCGGGUUGGUAGGCUAAUUGGUUGCUAGAAAUUGCCCCUCAUAUGUAAAUGAGUGGUAGAAUCUGGGAAGAGUUGAUGGGAAUGUGGGAAGAAUAAAAUGAGAUUAAUGUACAGGAUUAGUGUGAUUGGUGGGCUGUUUCCAUGUUGUAUAACUCUCUGACAUUAAAACAUUGGCAUUUUCCACCUUUAUACUUUGGAAUCUGCACAUACAUAUGAAAUCAGGAUUUUCCAUCAGAGAUAACUGGUUCUUGGAGUCCUCGCAGAUGGAAAUCUUUUUGAAAUCACCGAAUUUAUAUUGACUUCAACUUUUUAUAAGUUGAUCUUUAUGUAAGAUCCCUUGGAAAAAACUGAGCCUUCUCGAUUGAACUUCUAGUCUUGCCUCAGUCAGUCGUACUGUUCCCUGUUAGUCAGAAGUUUGGUGGCUCCCCUCCAGAGACUUAAGCACAAGCAGACACUACUGUACAAUAUGGUGGAAGUGCUACUCUGUGUCAGGUGUUUCAGGUGCAAGGUUAAACUGAGGUCCAGUCUGCCCUUGUAAGUGGACAUAAAAUAUCCUGUAGCAUUAUUUUGAAGGGCAAGAAGAUUAUUCUUUUGAUUUUGGCCAAAACUUAUCCCUUAACUAAUUCCUAAUAACAGAUUAUCAGGUCAUUAUCAUACUGCUUUUUGUGGGAACAUGCUGUGCACAAAUUAGCCUCCAAAUUUCCUACAUGACAGCAGUGCUUACAUUUUAAAAGCCCUUAAAAUGGCUGUAAAGCUCUUUGGGUUAACCUGUCACUUCAUUUCAACCAUGAUUACUACUGAUGUUGGAAAUCAGUUUUGACAUUUAGAGUUCAAGAAACCCACUAGGACAACCUGGUGUCUACAUUCCGUCCUAAUUUUGGUAAAGUGGUUAAACCACAUUCUCUUCCCUAUUCUACUUCCUUUGGACCAGAAUCCAAGCUCCCUGUGUCUUCCCAGGUCAUUGUCCAGCCAGGAAGACUGUAUGUGGUGCUUGAUUCAAUACUUACAGCUGAGCUCGAGUUGGAAGCUCAAUCUUCUUAAAGAACAGAACAAAUUUAGUGUUCCCUUGGACGGUGGAUUGUUGUCCAUGCAUAUGAUGUGACCAGCCUUGGACUUUUGUCAAACCUUUUAGUUCAAGCUGUACUGCAUUGCUGGUGUAGUUCAUGCAGUAGGUUUUUUGAUAUGGGAAUGAUAAAGGUGUAGGUCCCUAACAUGAAUAGAGUUCAAGGGAACAUAGUAACUCUCCAAACUUGGCAUUUUGUAGACACUCUUACCCCCACCCCAUCCCCAUUAUUUGACAAUGCUGCUGUUAUUGGUUACAGUGUUAGGUAGCAAAAGGACGUGUUAUUUUUUCUUUCAGGUUGUGGUGGAGAUUUCUGCCAGGGGUUCAGUUUUCAUUAAUACAGAAGUGUGUGCAAUGUGAGCCAAAGAACUCAGUAAAUUUUGCAGCCCAUUCCAAGAAUGGUAACAAAUGCUGAGUCACUGGGGAUGCAGGAGAUCAUUUACUUCAGUUUGUUGGGCUUUGUUCUUGGCCUUGAAUUGGCAAGGGUUUAGAAGUCUGCUGUCAAAUCAGGUGACUCCCUGUAGAGUUAGUGCUGGCAGCAUCUUCUAGCAAUCCAGCCAAGAAAAGAAUAAAUAACAGAGGCGAGCACACAGCCUCUUUAACCCUGUGGGCUACAGAAAGACAGUCAGCACCCAUUGACACGUUGGUCUGUGUGUUGUUAUGGAAGCUGUAUACAUGGUUGAUUUGUCUGGGAGCCAAAUUUUGUAAGAAGGCACUGGAGGGCCAGGCACCAACAGAGAUGAAUGUUUGACUAAAGCUGACAAAGGCAGAGGACAAUUGGGGGGGUGCAAAAUGUCCCAUCCAUCUUUCUAACAUUCUGUGCUUAGUCGGGAGAGGGUGGUGUUUUCAGAGGGCAGGAUUGGACAGGUAUUGGCUCUUUGUGCUUCCAAAACAGACAGUAAAAGCUUGAUGUUGUUAUUAUCAGCAAGAGCUUGUAGUUUUGCUGCCUUGUUGUCUCCACUAAGUGUCUUCCUUCUCCCUUUGAUUUGUCUGCCAGUCACUUGAAGGCUUCUGUAGCUGGGAGGGAAAAUGGGUUAUUCAAUAUAACUUGGUGCAUAGCUUAAUGGGCCACAAGAAGUGCUUGAAUAUUGUAUUCAUUUGCAUCAAACCAGUCCACAUUUCAUCGCGUUUGGAUAAUGACUUCUUUAGCAAUUGCACUGUGCUUCAAAAUGUGCUCCAACUUUCAUUGACAGUUCUGGUUGUAUAGGUACAGAUUGUUAGUGUUAGAUGAGUGGAAGUCACAAACUAGUUUCGUAUAAGGUUUCAAAAUGUCAGCAUGAUGAUUCAAUUUUGCAGUAACUGUGUAUUUUUAUAUGGAUAAGCUGGUAACGGGCAAAGAGAAUUCUGCACCUCUCUUAGCUGUGGUAAUGGUAACAUCUGUUCGACCAUUGGGAUUAUUGAAGAUACAGCCUUGAAAGCACUGUUGCUUUGACUGAGGAUCCUCCAGAAGGUAGCACCGGUUUUCUAACAUGUUGAAAAGGAUGCUCAAAACAUGAAGACCAAACUCUCUGUGGGGUGUUAAGUAUAAUUUCUCAUCAAUGUUUAGAGAUCCAUGUCUGAACUUUCUCAUUACUCAUUUCCAGGUGAUGUGGUCAUAAGAAAUAGGAACAGGAGUAGGCCGUCAUGGCUGACCUACUUCGAUGCCAUUUUCCAGCAGUUAGCUGCAUCUACCUUGAUUCUGUUAAUGUCCAGAAAUCUAUUGAUCUCUGUUUUGAAUGAACCUCCACGACCCUCCAGGUUAGAGAAUCUCAAAGGUUCACCAUCCUCUGAAUGAAGGAAUUCCUCCUCAUCUUGGUCCCAAAAGGCCUACCCCUAUUAUUAUAAUCAUAAACUCUGUAAGGGAAGCAUCCGCCCUGCAUCAGCCUGUAAAACCCUUUAAGAAUUUUAUAUGCUUUGAUGAGAUCUCCUCAUUUUUCUAAACUCUGGAGAAUACUGUCCCAGACAUUCAAUCUCUUCUCAGACAACAAAUCUUGCAUCCCUGGAAACAGUCCUGUGAAUCUCUGUUGCACUCCCUCUAUGACCCACACAUCCUUUUUUAUGUAAGGAGAUCAAAUCUGCAUACAAUACACCUGCUGUGGUCUCACAAGGGCAUUGUAUAAUUUGUAGUAAAACUCCUUACUUCUGUGGUCAAAUCCUCACAUUUAAGGCCAACAUAUCAUUUGCCCUUUGCUCAGCACACCUUCCUGCUGCUCUUCAGCACUUGCAACACUCAACAAAUACUCAACAGCACAGAAAUACUCUGCUUUUUUGUUAAGGUGCACCAAAGUGGAUAACCCGGCAUACUCCCACAUUACCUUUCAUCUGCUGAGCCUUCACACACUCACUCAGCUUAUCCCUAUCCCCUUGAAGCUCCCUUAUAUUCCUCACAAUCCGUACGUGCAAUCCCACCUAGUUUAGUAUUGGCAACAAUCUUGGAAAUGUGACAUUUGACCCCUUAAGCCAAAUCAUUGAUAAAGGUUGUGAAUAGCUGGAAGCCAAGCACCUUUCACGGACUACCCCUUUAGCCUGCCAGUGUGAGAACACAUUCCCACACUAGUGUGUACAUUGAAGACACACAGUAGUAGCAUUUUCUCAUUGUUAGGUAUGUUCAUUAGAAUAUUACUCAGCUCCCUGCAAAAGUGUUUCUAUGGGAGAAAAUAGUGUUGAGGUAGAUGCACUUAUUGCUGGGAAGUUGUUGGGUGUUUGAUAGGUUGGUGUGAUAGCCUGUUAGAGAUCGAGUUUGCUUUUGUGAGCCCUACUUGUGUAAGGUUAGUGUUUACCUCUGAUGUAUGUACCUGACCAGCAGAAAAUGUAUAUUUUUUCUUUGUAUACUGCUGUCAUGUGGUCUAGUCUCACAUAAUUGAGCAAAAUCCAUUUGAUACCUGUUAACAACUUCUCUCUUAACCUAAUUCUCCUGUGAGCUCUACUUUCUUUUGAGUCAAGUAUUGUGAAAGUAUUCCAGCAAUAAUUCAUAAAUUUUUGUUUCUUGUAAUUUUUUUAUCCUACUUAAAAUGUGGAUCCAUUGAUCAUGGCAAACCAUUGAGGCAAGUAUUUUUAACCGAACCUUAAUAAGGGCCUCCUAAGACAGAGGCAGGCAGAAUGUCCUGAGUAGGGCCACCUGGUUAUCUAAGGAGGACCUCAUAUCUUAUUGCCAAGCAAGAGUCCUGCAGUCAUUAGACCCUCACCACGCUUGUAGGGAUCAUUGGAGAUGACUGGCGUGAGCUCUGGUCACUUAAGGCUGAGUUGUUGAGUUCUCACUUUGGCUUCAGAGUUCUAUCCAGUGGUCAUGAAUGAUGUAAUAUAAGUAGAAAUCUUUGUUUAAAUGGCAUUUUGAGCAAUAAUUAGUCCUGACCUCCUCUGUGGUCCUGGAACAAACUAAUUUCAUGCUUGGAGUAUCAUCAGAAAAAAUGUCAAAAUUCCAUGUUUUUUUAAUGUUUAUUUAUUAUUGCUUAAAGCUUUAGGAUAUUUUAGUUUCAAUCUGAUACAUUUAACAGAGAACAAAAUAAAGAUUAAAAUGUUAU